AUGUCCGUGAUCUCCUCGAGAGUCCAAGAGCAGAACCACACUGCUCAAUUAGCAGCUCAAUUUAAUCAGUUCUAUCUCGAUAUCACCCUGAAAGAGGUGACUCAAAUCGGCAACUACCGCAUACUCAAGGAAAUCGGAGAGGGAGCUUUUGGCAAAGUCUAUCUUGCUCAACAUGUGCUUCUAAAUUGCGAUGUUGUGCUCAAAUGCGGUCUCAUAGAUGACCCAAACAUCGUGAGAGAGAUAUAUUAUCACAAACAGCUCCGACACAAGAAUGUAGUAAAGCUAUAUGAGGUGAUAAAGACAGAGACUCAUCUAUGGAUGGCUAUGGAGUAUUGUAGAGGAAACGAACUCUACUAUUACAUCUAUGAGAAGCGCAGGCUAGAUAUCGAUGUUUGUCAGAAACUAUUCUACCAAAUUGCUGACUCAAUGCGUUAUGUCCAUUCUCUAAAUUUGGCGCACCGUGAUUUGAAACUUGAAAAUAUUCUCAUGGCAGAUAAAAAAAGAACCAUAAUCAAACUCACGGACUUUGGCUUUGUUCGUGAGUUCAAUCCUUACAAGAGACAAUUCUUAUCUACAAUGUGUGGCACAACUGCCUACAUGGCUCCCGAAGUGCUUAAAAACGAAAAAUAUUCUGGAUUUGCAAUCGAUGUAUGGUCCAUGGGUAUCAUAUUGUAUGCGAUGAUGUAUGGUGAAUUGCCUUUCGACUCUGAUGAUGAAAUCACCACCAAAUUCAAAAUUGUCAAUGACGAACCGGUAUACAAAGACAUAAUUCCAUCAUCUGCUAAUGACUUACUUCGAAAGAUGUUAUCAAAGCUGCCAGCUGCCAGACCCACCAUCGCUGAGAUAUUGAACUCAGAGUUCCUAAUAGAUACCACUAACAGCAUGCUCGAAAGAAAGCCCUCCCAAACUCAUAAUGAAGAUGAGUCAAUAAUUUCCAUCAACCAACAUUACAAGAAGAAUCUCAUGCCUUUCUCCUCAAAAAUUGAAAAGCACCUCCUAAAAAAAAUGGAGAAGCUAGGCCUCGACAUAGAGGCAUUACAAUCCUCAGCAUUUUGCGGACAAUGCAAUACCCUCACUGCCUUCUAUGAUCUUGCUCUCACCUACGAAUUCCAAAAAAAGAAGAAACGUUAUAUGAGCAAAAAGAGGUAUUUUGACGCUCGAAGGCAAUUGAAACGGUCAAGUCAGAGGGUAAAAAGUGUGCUCUCAUUAUCUGAUCAGAAUGGACAGUGUUCGCCCACGGUUGAAAGAGAAGGUAUGAGGAGUAACAGCUCUACUAAGCUAGACAUCUCUAGCAUACGCAAGAUGCUGAGUAGGAGAUCGACUGAUACCGGAAGAACUCCUGGAAGUGUGGGCGGAACAAAUUACUUUCCUCUGACUCCUUCUAGCGCUGCGCCUGCUGCUAUGGGCCGGUCAGUCUCAUUCCAUCCCGAUGAGCCUAGAAGCUUUAUGAGCACAUCCACCCAAGAUUCAAAUUCACAAGGUAAAGUCAAAAACAUUCUUGAAAAAAUGGCUUUUUGGAAACGCGGUAAGAACUACGGUAUUGAUACCAAUUCUAUUCUAAGUAGUCAAAGAUCUAGACGCAGCGCUCGUUCUGAAUCCAUAGAUGGAGCCAUACUCGAGUUGAACCUCAAGAAACCCUCGCCUCCUGCAGCAAAACCAGAAUUGGUCACGGAUCAUAAUAACGAUUAUUCGUCUUUACCGUCGCCAACAACUUUCUCGGUAGCAGAUGCCGAAGACGGAAGUGCCACUGGUAUACCAUUAGCUUCAUCAGUUCCCGCUGAAAAUGGCCAAAUGGUAAAAACUCGCAGCCAGGACAGUUAUCAGCGCCGACAAAGACCAGAUUCGGUCGUUUCACAAGCAAGUCAGUACAGUCAGUUGAGUCAAAUGUAUCCGAUGUCUGAGUCUGAGUUUGAUAUCGGCACCGACAUGGAUGAUGACUACUAUGAUUAUGAUGGUGUCUACGAGUCUUCGAUAAAUACAUCUCAACAAGACCUUCAUGCUCGCAACGUUGUUCUGCCCCAGUCCGCAUCCGCGAAAAAGAAGAAUCGCCCCGCUAAUUUGAGACUCCCAUCCUCCGACAACCUGAUCAUAUCCACGAACACAAAUGCCACAAAACCAAAACGAAAUCAGUUAUCUGUGAUAUCUACAAAUUCAUCAGAGGAGAGUAGCUUGCCAUUGAAAGUCAGUGACCGUCUAAAUGAUGAUGGAAGCUUCAGCGAGUUCGGAACACCUCGCUCUAUCUCACCAGGCACCAAAGUGCUUCAUCCACGUCAUCCGAAAUUGAGAGGCCAGCGCUCCUCUUCCUUAACAAAGUCAUCUGCACCAAAAGCUUCUAAUAAUUUUGCAACAAACUCGAGACCUAGCCCUUUCAAAGCAAGUGCCAAUGGGAACAUGGUGGCACCUUUGCCAGUGUAUCCUGUUAAUCCGUAUGGGAACAGUGUUCAGCGGCCGCAAUCGCCAACAAUUGAGAAGUCUUUCAAUAAACUCGCAAUCAACGGAGUCAUGAAGCCAUUCCAUAAAGUUAUUGCUAACACCAAAAGUGCAAGCGGCAAAAGACAGGACGGCGAUGGUCAAAGCUCAAUCCCAAUGUUCGAGAUUAAUGAGGAAGAGGAGGAGGAUGAUGAGAGGGAACUAGAUGACUUCAAUCAGUACCCACUUGGGAAAAACAAUGCUAUCCCCUAUCAAAUUCAAACCGAGAUAAAUUGA